CUCCUGCACCGGAAGACGUCCGUUCAACUCGUCUACGCGCUCAACCAGCCGCUCCGUUCACUCCCGUUCUUUCUGCCCCUGGACCCGGAAAAGUAACGGUUUUGACUUCAACAGUCGCUCCAGUCCCCCGGCUUAUUCACCUGCUCACCCCCUCAACGGCGUAUCUCAACCCGCGGACAUGGCUUCGGUUUCGGCACAAGCUCAGGCGACGAGCCCGGCUCAGUCGGUUCCUCUGCAGCGAGGAAUAGUGAAGAUGGUCUUGUCGGGCUGCGCCAUCAUCGUGCGGGGUCAGCCCCGCGGAGGCCCGCCCCCCGAGCGGCAGAUCAACCUAAGCAACAUCCGCGCCGGCGCCAUGGCCCGGCGCGCGGCCCAGAGCCAGCCCGACGCCAAGGACACCCCUGACGAGCCAUGGGCGUUCCAGGCCAGAGAGUUCCUGCGCAAAAAGCUGAUCGGCAAAGAGGUGUGCUUCAACGUGGAGAUCAAGACCGCUCUGGGCAGAGAGUACGGCAUGGUGUACCUCGGCCGGGACACAACGGGAGAGAACCUGGCGGAGUCCCUCGUGAACGAAGGCCUGGCCACAGUCCGCAGAGAAGGAAUCCGCGGAAACAAUCCAGACCAGGUCAGGCUGUGCGAGAUGGAGGACCAGUCCAAAGCCUCCAGGAAGGGCAUGUGGAGCGAGGGCGGGGGUGCCCACACCAUCCGAGACAUGAAGUACGUCAUCGAGAACCCACGGCACUUCGUGGACGCCAUGCACCAGAAACCUGUCAACGCCAUCAUCGAGCACGUGCGCGAUGGGAGUGUGGUGCGCGCCCUUCUCCUGCCCGACCACUACCUGGUCACCAUCAUGCUGUCCGGAGUUAAGUGUCCCUCGUUCAAGCGGGAGCCGGACGGCCUGGAGACCCCAGAGGCGUACGCGGCCGAGGCCAAGUUCUUCACAGAGUCACGCCUGCUGCAGCGCGACGUGCAGAUCAUCAUGGAGAGCUGCCCCAACCAGAUCAUCCUGGGCACCAUCAUGCACCCGAACGGCAACAUCACAGAGCUGCUGUUGAAGGAGGGGUUCGCGCGCUGCGUGGACUGGUCCAUGGCCGUCUACACCGGGGGCGCAGAACAGCUCCGAGCAGCCGAGAAGUCUUCCAAGGAACGCCGGGUGCGCAUCUGGAAGGACUACGUGGCGCCCACCGCCAACAUAGACCUUAAGGACAGGCAGUUCGUCGCCAAGGUGAUGCAGGUGAUCAAUGCCGACGCCAUCGUGGUGAAGAUGAACUCUGGGGAGAACAAGACCGUCCACCUCUCCAGCAUUCGUCCCCCCAGGAUCGAGGGAGAGGAGAAGAACAAAGACAAAGACAAGCGUUUCCGUCCCCUCUACGACAUCCCCUACAUGUUUGAGGCCCGCGAGUUCAUGAGGAAGAAGCUCAUCGGCAAGAAGGUCAACGUGACAGUGGACUACAUCAGAGCCGCCACCGGGGCCGGAGAGACCACCCCCGCCUUCUCGGAGCGCACCUGUGCCACCGUCUCCAUCGGGGGAAUAAACAUCGCAGAGGCCCUGGUCAGCAAAGGCCUGGCCACCAUCAUCAGAUACCGGCAGGACGACGACCAGAGGUCCUCCCACUACGACGAACUACUGGCCGCAGAGGCACGGGCUAUCAAGAACGGGAAAGGACUGCACAGCAAGAAGGAGGUUCCUAUCCACAGAGUGGCUGAUAUAUCUGGGGAGACGCAGAAGGCCAAACAGUUCCUCCCCUUCCUGCAGAGGGCGGGCCGCUCGGAGGCCGUGGUCGAGUACGUCUUCAGCGGCUCCCGCCUCAAGCUCUACAUGCCCAAGGAGACCUGCCUCAUCACCUUCCUCCUCGCCGGCAUCGACUGUCCACGUGGCUCCAGGAACACGCCCGGGGGCGUUCAGACCGCCGACCCCUUCAGCAACGAUGCCUUGGUGUUCACCAGAGAUCUGGUGCUCCAGAGAGAGGUGGAGGUUGAAGUGGAGAGCAUGGACAAAGCGGGCAACUUCAUUGGCUGGCUGCACAUCGAGGGCGUGAACCUGUCCGUGGCGCUGGUGGAGUCGGCGCUGUCCAAGGUCCACUUCACGGCCGAGCGUAGCUCCUACUACAAGACCCUGGUGACGGCCGAGGAGCCCUGCCGCGAGAGGAAGGAGAAGGUCUGGGCCAACUACGAGGAGAAGCCCGUGGAGGAGGUGGUCCAGAUGAAGGAGGAGAAGGAGCGCGUGGCCAACUACAAGGCGGCCUACGUCACCGAGAUCUCCGACAGCAUGCACUUCUACGCCCAGGAUGUGGAGACAGGGGCCCAGUUGGAGAGCCUGAUGGAGACGAUGCGGGCGGAGAUCGCCGCCCAGCCGCCCGUGGAGGGGUCCUACGCCCCCCGCCGGGGAGACUUCUGCAUCGCCACGUUCGCCGACGGAGAAUGGUACAGAGCCAGGCUGGAGAAGGUGGAGUCCCCGUCGAAAGUCCAUGUGUUCUACAUCGACUACGGAAACAGAGAGGUGGUCUCCGCGGUCCGUCUGGCCGCCAUGCCCCCCGCCUUCAGCACCAGAGUCUUGCCGGCGCAGGCUACAGAAUACACCUUCGCCUUCAUCCAGGUCCCUCAGGAUGACGACAUCCGGGCGGAGGUGGUGGACAGCCUGGUGCGUGACAUCCAGAACACGCAGUGCCUGCUGAACGUGGAGUACGCGGGCGCCACCUGCCCCCACGUCAGCCUGCAGUUCGGGGACACCAAGGACGACGUGGGCCUGGGCCUGGUCAAGGAGGGCAUGGUGAUGGUGGACGUGCGCAAGGAGAAGCACCUGGCCAAGAUGGUCAACGAGUACCUGACUGGCCAGGAGUCUGCCAAGAGUGCCAGGUUGAACAUUUGGCGCUACGGAGACUUCCGCGCCGACGACGCCGAUGAGUUCGGCUACCGUCGCUAAAACAUCGGAACAAAAGACGGGAACGAAAACGCAACACGCCAUCCAUCCCAACACCAUUCCAAAGACCACCCGCGGAAGACGAGAGGCGCGUCAGGAAGACCCCCUUUGAUCACCUAAAAUCAACUAAACGACAAGCAUUGACGUUCAGCUUCCAUUUAGUUUCGACAAGUCAUUAUUUUUCCAAUUUUUUUUUAACGCUUAAUUAUUUUUUUGUUUUCCCCCGUUUUGUUUCUUUUUUUUUAAAUAACUGCGCCCGUCUUAUCUUCGUAUCUUACUGAACAUGAAAUCCAGACUCGUUUUGAUGUUGAAAGUUCUCUCUUCUAAACACCCAUCAUGUAUCACUCGAUCUCAGCGGGGCCAAUUUGCCAGUUCCUCUGCACUAUUGCCAAUCUGUGUUAAUUGCCAUGCUUCGUUUUAUUUUUGUUAGCUUCAUAAAAUGACACCCCCCCCCCCCCCCCCCGUUUUCAGCUAAUCGUCCCCCUCCGUUGUCCGAUGCCCUGCAGCCAAUCCACGUCGUUGUUCACGCGAGAAAGGGCCUUGAGCUCUGGUUUCUCUUGUCGUUGGCGGCGGAUUCUCUUAAUUCUCCCGAUCGAUUUUGCCAUGUAAAUGUGAGCAUAUGUUGAAACGUGUGAAUUUGGUUUAUUCCCUGAGGGACUAGGCAGGGGGGACGGCUGCACUGGGACGGAACCAAGAAAAUCUAAGUUGUAUGUCGGGGUUCCUUCCGGUGGUAAUCUGUGUGAUGAGGACUACUCCCAGAGUUUUUGUGAGCGGUUCGGUCGCCAUAUGGCUGCCUCUUCGCGCUCCGACGUCGUGAACUUCCUCGAUAUUACAGCAUUAAUCAUGGUCAUCUCUCACUCUCUAUCUCUCUCUUUCGGUAAUGUUUACAUUCUGUUGCAAUGGUUAUGAUCUCGUCUUUGGCAGUCUCUCUCUUCUCCUGUCUCUGUAUAUCACGGCAGAAACAGUGUAUGAAUUUUGUUUUCCUUAUAAUAGACCUUGUCAUUAUAUUAAAAGAAAAAAAGAUCUGCUGAAUAAAAAUAUGCAAAUGAUGUUGGGUUGUCUUCAUUGAAACUUCAGGAAAAUGCCAGUCGGCCCCAAAUUAUGCAAUGUCCUGAACUGUGUUUAUAUUCCAGACAGGAGUGUUGCAAAAGAAUGACUCAAUAAAAAUGGUGAAUGCAUG